GUAAAACGCAUCCGGUCGACCGGAACAACAACUUGCAUAGUUUCUAAUCAUAGGUGCUAUAUUAGAGCGUUUUGUCGGGACCGGUCGAUUCCUGCCGCUGACCGACCGCAUCAUGUUGCGGUCGGGCGGGAAACGAAUCGACAGGACAAGUCAUCAAAACACAUUAUUUUAAAUCGUGUAUGCCACACUGUGCGUUUUGGCCGCUGCGUUUUUUGAAUAUUUUACCUAGACAUAUUUUUUAAAUAUUUAUAUUUUGAAAAAUGGUUUUUGAUACCGAUAAAUUUAUAUCAUGUGUACAAAAUAACCCUUCCAUAUGGAAAAUUGGAUCCAAAGAUUAUAUGGAUAAGCAUAUAAGACAAAAAAGUUGGAACACGAUUGGUGAGUACAUGUUUGAAGAUUGGAGUGAGCUUGAAGAACAUGCAAAAGAAAGUAAAGUGACCGAUCUGAAAGCUAAAUGGAGACAUAUUAGAGACCACUAUUCAAAAUUUAUGAAUCAGGGUAAAAGUGGUGAUAGUGCUAAAAGAAAAAAUUAUGUAUACGCAGAAUCACUGACGUUCUUGCAGCACAUAAUUAAAAAAAGAAGGACGACAGGUAAUUUCAAUGAAAGUGUACAAGAAGAAGGAGAAAAUACCGGUGGAGAAGAUUCAUCCUACGAGCUGGUUUUAGAUAAUGAAAUUAUGCCACCUCAAUUCGACACAUAUUCAACUCCAAAAAGUAAAAAACAAAAUAAUUCCAAGGUACAAAAGAUGACACCAUUUCAAAAAGAGUUACUAAGCAAUUUAGCUACUUCUGAAGAUGAUGUAACCUCUGAUCCUGAUAAGGCAUUUUUAUAUUCCUUAUUACCCGAUUAUAAAAGACUAAACUAUAAUCAAAAAACAGAUUUUCGUCUUAUGACUCUACAAUAUUUUAGGAACGUAUCAUUAGGAUCUAAUCAACUACAAUCAACUCCGCCAUAUUUUAACAUUAAUCAAAACACUAGUCAGAAUGUCCCUAUCCCAACUCAAUAUUCAAAUGUAUGUCCUUCGUUCAAUCCCGGCCUGGGGAACAAUCAAAAUCAUAAUCUUAUACCACAACCCUUGCCAAUAUAUUCAUCUGAUUUCAAUCCAAAUGCUCAACAUCCCACACCAUAUCCUAAAAGCUCAUAUACUUAUAUAUCUGAUCAGUCCCAACAACCUACUACUAGUGGAGAUUUGUUUGAAAAAUUUUAAUAGUAUGAUACAUAAUUAAAGUUUAAAUUAUACUUAUUGCAAUAAGGUGCGUCAUUUAAAUUUUAAAUUCAAACAUGACCUUUUUUAAUUUUUUUUAUAAAUAUUAAAGUAACAAGGUUUGUUAUACUUACAGUAAAAUAUUAUAUGGUGUUUAUAAUGUAUUAAUGACAUUAAAAAGUAUGUAAUUUUUAAUUUUGUAAGAACAUGAAAUUGUUUCAUUUUUUUUAUAUUUUUUAAUUAAAUAACGAAGAUUGUUAUGUUUUAAUGUUAUUUAUACCAUACUGUUAAAUAUUAUUUGAUCUUUGAAUAAAAAUAAAGUAUUACAUUUUUUUUCUUAUACCUAAUAUACUGUUUGUCUUUGUAUUUUCAUAACCUAAUACGGAAAUUAUGUUAAAAAAUAAAAAUAAUUAUUUUUAAUUUUUGAUAACUACUUAUAGGUGAUUAGUGAUAACUUAUUAAUUAUUAAUAGUCAUAUAUAAUAUAUAUCACGUUGAAGAUCUUAACUUUU